CAUAAGUACAAAAUAUACCAUAAAUGUCAAUUUUAAGAUGAAAGCGUCGAUUUUAUUUCUAUGUUAUAUUUUCUCGUUGUGCCGUGCCGACUUAGAUACAGAAUGGUGGAAACAUACCAUAAUUUAUGCCAUAGUUCCUUUUUCAUUCAAAGAUAGUGAUGGAGAUGGCAUAGGUGAUUUAAAAGGAAUAACAUCGAAAUUGGACUACAUCGAAGGUUUGGGAAUUGAAACCAUUCAAUUGACCCCCAUUUAUGAAACGCCCUUCAAAGAUAUAGGUUAUGACAUCACAGAUUAUUACAAAAUUGACAAAAUGUACGGGACUAUGGAUGAUUUUGACGAGCUCGUCAGCGAAUUAAAAAAAAGAGAUAUGAAACUGAUAAUGGACAUGGUUAUUAAUCACAGCGGUGAUCAACACGAAUGGUUUCAGAAGUCUAUUGAUAGAAUAGAUCCUUAUACCGAUUUUUAUGUUUGGAAGGACUCCAAAGGUUUUAAUAAUGAGACCGGACAAGAAAUACCUCCAAAUAAAUGGUUCAGCUUAUUCAGCCCUACUUAUGAAGCAGGCACUGCUUGGGAAUGGAAUGAAAAAAGAAAACAAUUUUACCUACAUCAAUUUUUACCUGAGCAAGUAGACUUCAAUUUAAACAACCCAGUCCUGAAGAGCGAAUUAAAAAAAAUGAUUGAAUUCUGGCUCGACAAGGGUGUGGCUGGUUUCCGAUUUGACGCGACCCCCUAUUUCUUUGAGAAUAAAGAUUUCAGAGAUGCUGUAUAUUAUUAUGAUCAAGUCAAUCAACCUGAGACAUUAGAAUUCCUUCAUGAAUUAAGAUUGUCCUUAGAUGAAUAUAAUAAAGAACAUGGCGGUAUUGAAAGAAUCUUUAUUGCCGAAGCACAUAUCCUUGAUUCAGAGGUUGUCAAAUAUUUUGGAAAAAAAGAUUAUCCAAUCAUGCACUUUCCGUACUCAUUUAAUUUUGAGUACUUGGAGGGACAUAUUAACCCCUUUCUUUUUGAAAUGUACACCAACUAUUACAUUGAAUCGCUUCCCAAGAACGCGGUUACAGCUUGGAUGAGUCAAGAUCAUGAUGUAAAUAGAAUAGGAUCUCGAAUGACGCCUGAAUACUCGGACAUUAUAACCAUUGCAUCAAUGCUGUUACCAGGAACAGCGGGUUGUUAUUACGGGCAGGAAAUAGGUAUGCUGAAUGGCCUUGUGAGGCAGGAUCAAUUUAAAGAUUUCUCUGAUCAUGGCGCUAGAGAUCCAGCCAGACUAAUAAUGCAGUGGGAUGAUUCGAUGAAUGCUGGAUUUACAAACAACAGCGUACCAUUUCUUCCCCCUAAUUCAGAUUAUUUCGAGAGAAACGUCGAAUCUCAACAACACCAAGAAAAUACCCAUCUUAGCUUGUUCAAAGACUUAUCAGUGAUGAGAAAAACAAAUACCCUGAAGUUUGGAAAUUACAAAACAUAUUAUUCACCUUAUUCAGAUUCUGAAUUUAUACAUGUUAUGACUAGAUCACACGAAGAUCGUAUGGUUAUAGUGGUGACCAAUUUCAGUGUAUUUUCAUCUUCUCGAUUCAACAUGAGCCGAAUAAUCCAGAAUUUGCCGAAGAGGAUUGUAUUAGCUACUAGUAGUAUCAAUUCUGGAUAUGCAAAAGGGUCAGUCUUAGGAAAUGAAAUACCCAUGGAAUUUAUGAUGAGACCAUUAUCUUGUUUAGUGUUUGAAGCAUAGUUACUCCUGAUUUCUCCUAAUACAUACAAACUAUCAUGAGAAGAAACAUUUCCAUCAUUUCAUCAUGGUGAACAUGCCAUCAACGUUAUUCGACAUAUAAUUUCAUUUUAUAAUUUUCUAUUGAGAAUAAAAAACUAU